GUGUUUUUAUAUUUGUUUGGGUUUUAAUUUCUAUAUUUUUAAACAUAACAUUUAGGGAAAGUGGAUUGAAAAAGGCCUUUAGUCGUGGAACUGGUAUUUUUAUUGUUAUAUUAGUUGGUUUAAAUUUGGCUGUUUUACGGGAUAUGGUAAAAGGUGCUGAUGUUGAGUAUAAUAAAACAAACAUUGUAAAUAUAACAGAUAAAACUGAUUUUGGGGUUAGUUUUGAUUCAUAUAUCAUGGGAUUGGUGAAAACGGUUGAUCGUGAGUUAGAAUUUUUUAUAGAUGUAGUACCAGGCCGUAUAAAAAUGGUUUGCCUAAAUUGUGAUAGUGUGGGUGUUUUUUUUGGUUAUUGUAGUGAAUUUUGUGGGUCAGGUCACUCCUAUAAGCGGAUUAUAGAUGUAGUACCAGGCCGUAUAAAAAUGGUUUGCUUAAAUUGUGAUAGUGUGGUGAAUUUUGUGGGUCAGGUCACUCCUAUAAGCGGAUUGUUUUAA